GCAUAUUUACAGUGAACACUUAAUUUGUUAGGAACAAUGGCAUAUAACAAGGAUAACAGGGAUUUUAAAACGCCAGAAGUGAGUAAAAAACGUCGAAUUAGUGAAUUAAUUAGCCCGUCCGAUGGACCCCAAGGUGACCAUGUAAAUUCACCUAACCCCACCCGCCGGAAAGAGUUAUUUUCUCCUGAUGUGACGACAGAAUCAAACGUUCAUCCAAAGGAUAGUCUCCAAGGUAAUGAUAUAAACAUGAGUGACCUUGUCAAGUCUGCUAUUUGCAAUAAGGAGGUAAUGGAAGCAAUUUCAGCAGCAUUAGUGCCAUUAUUAACUGUUGUGUUUGAAUCUAUGCUUCGACCGAUAAAUGAUAAAGUAGAUGCACAAAGCAAAGGUCUAUCUAGUUUGAAUAAGAAGUUGGAUGAACAAAAACAGUCUGUUCAAGAAGUGCGUGAAGAAAAUCGUAAAGUAAAAAUGCAUCUUAGAGAGGCAGAGGAGCGCAUAGAUUCACUUGAAAAAAGUUUAGAUGACUUAGAGCAGUAUGGCAGGAGAACAUCUCUCCGUUUUCACCGGGUACCCAUAAAUUCACCAGAUCUCCAUUGCUCAAAUGAUGCUGCUAAACUGCCAGUUUCGAAUUACAGCAGCGAUUCAACACAACCUAAACAAGCUGACAGAAAAAAUCAGUUAGACACCUAUCAAAUUGUUUUAAACAUUUGUAAUAACAAGAUGAAUUUAAAACCGCCACUAAGUGUAGAAGACAUUGAACGUUCACACACCAUUGGGCCAGUACGUGACGGAUAUGCACAGAUUAUAUGUUAGUUUAAGGGCUGGAAAACUAAAAUCAUGGUAUAUAUGAAAAAAUCGCAGUUGAAAGGUCAUAAAUCUGACACAUUCAAGGUAUUUGUUACAGAGGAUCUGACACGGAAAAGGCAAGUCCUUGUUCAGCAGCUCGAAUUCGCUAGGAAAAAUAAAAAUAUCGACAGCUUUUGGACCAGUGAUGAACGUAUUCUCUACAAAACCAGUAACAAGGAAGGUGCGAUUUAUAAAAAAUAUGAGUGACAUUGAUGACCUACUACCAGAUCCUACUGAUCCAAUGAUGCAAAAUCCAUGGGACAAAGGCAACCCAUUUACAAUGUCAUCAGCUGUAAGCACCGAAGGCAGUGUAG